GCUGUCGGCGCGGUCGGGCCUCGAGCUCCGCUCGCCCCGCAGCUCCGCACCCCCCACCACCCACCACCCCUCCUCCUCCUCACUGUCCCUGCAGCCUGCGGCCUCCUCCCGCCCACCUACACCCGCGAGCUCAGUCGGUUUCGCCCACGGGAAGGGGGUUUUAUUUUAUUUUCCCCGAGCGCCCGGCAGUGGUGGUGGUGGUGGUGAGCGUGGGCGCCAUGGAGGCCGUCAAAUACUUCAACAAAGAGCUGACCUCGUUAUACGAGUCAAAGCCUCCCAUCUCUCGUGCAAAGAUGACACAGCUCACCAAGUCGGCCAUCAAAGCCAUCAAGCUUUACAAGCACGUUGUGCAGAGUGUGGAAAAGUUUAUACAGAAGUGCAAACCGGAGUACAAGGUCCCGGGCCUGUACGUAAUAGACUCAAUAGUUCGGCAGUCCCGCCACCAGUUCGGCAUGGAGCGUGACGUGUUCGCUCCACGCUUCGCCAAGAAUCUCACCAACACCUUCCAGAACCUUUACCGGUGUCCAUCUGAUGACAAGAGCAGGAUCGUGCGCGUGCUCAACCUGUGGCAGAAGAACAACGUCUUCGGCAGCGAGAUCAUCCAGCCGCUGCUAGACAUGGCGGCCGGCAUCCCACACCCCGCGGCUGUCUCCUCGGGCCCCUCGGCCCAGCAGCAGGCGGCGGCGAUCACGCCGGCCACGCCGAACUCCCCCGCCACACCCCAGCAGGCCGCGCCGCCCGCCGCCGCAGACCACUGGGGCGUCACGCAGCAGAUGCCCAACGCGGACGCUAUCGCCGCCGUCGCACAGCUCCUGCAGAGCUCGCAGAGCCAGCAGCUGCUUCAGAGCCUCCAACAAAAGCAGCAGCUGCCGCUUGCACCGACGUUGGACGCCAACCUGGUGGCGCAGGUGCAAGCGCUCACUGCGCAGCUCACAGCCGCCGCAGCCGUCGGCUCCACCAAGACCGGUGUGCAGCAGAAUGCAUCGCAGAAUGCACAGCCACCUGCUGCACAGCCUCCUUCGCUGCAGCAGCAUCAGCAGCAUCAACAGCAUCAGCAGCAACAACAGCAGCAGCAGCAGCAGCAACAACAGCAGCAGCAGCAGCAGAGUGCCCAACCAGGGCAGCCUGAUCACGACUCCUCCUUCAACAAGAAACUGUUGGAUCGGUUUGAUUAUGAUGAUGAACCGGAAGCUACGGAAGAGAAGCCCGAGCCACAGUCGACGGGUUACCAUUGUGAGCGUGCUGAGCAGCCACCGGUUCCCCCCAGCAUGGAGGAGUUUCGGCAGCGUUACCUGGAGCAGCAGGAGGAGCACUUCCAGCAGCAGAUCCAGCAGCGACAGCAGCAACAGCAGCACCAACAGCAGCAGCAGCAGCACCAACAGCACCAGCAGCAGCAUCAACAGCAGCACCAACAGCAGCAGCAUCAACAGCAGCACCAGCAGCAGCAACAGCAGCAGCAACAUCAGCAGCAGCAUCAACAGCAGCAGCAUCAACAGCACCAACAGAUGGGUGGCGUGGAACACCACCAGCAGAUGUUCAUGCCUCCCCAGGGCGUCCCUCCUCCAUUCGGCCAAUACGGGCAGCCCUUCAUGCCACCCCCGGUGCCUCAGCCCGAUUACCCUCCGCCCACAGAGCAGAGUGCCGAGGUGGAGAUGGACAUGGACAUGGAGAUUGAGCAGCAGGAGGAUCCGGCCAUGAUGGACUAUCGUCACGGCCAACGAUCCCGCUCACCAACACGCUCCAGCAGGUCCCCGCGUCGCUUCCGUUCCCGAUCACGGUCCGGCUCGCGCAAGCGGAAGUACCGGCGGCGUUCGCGCUCACGAUCACGCGACCGGCGCCGGCGCGCGUCACGCUCGUUGUCACGGGAGAGGCACGAGAGGGAACGUGAGCGCGAGCGGGAGAAGGAGCGGGAACGCGAGCGCGAGCGGGAGAGGGAGCACGAGAGGGAGCGCGAGAAGAAGGGCUUCCCGCCGAUGAGACCCAACGCGCUCAGCGUCUGCAGCACCACACUGUGGCUGGGCCAGAUCGACAAGCGAACAAAUCAGCAGGAUAUCCUCAACCUCUUUGAGGAGUAUGGCCAGAUUGAGUCGAUAAACAUGAUUCCUCCGCGUGGCUGUGCCUACGUGUGCAUGGUCCAACGGCCAGAUGCUGUACGUGCCCUACAGAAGCUCAACAAGGGCAAGAUGAACUCCAAGUCCAUCAAGCAGAUUGCAUGGGCGCCCAACAAGGGCGUGAAGUCUGAGUACAAGCAGUACUGGGACGUGGAGACAGGCGUCACGUACAUCCCGUGGGAGCGCGUCAAACGGGAGCACCUGAACCUCUUCACAGACGGAGGCGUCAUCGACGGGGAGACCAUGUGCCCCGACUGGGAGGACAAGCCAAAGGUCACCGAAGAGGAAGGUGACAAGAAGCCCCGCGGUGACAAGAGCCCUGAUUUCAAGCCGGCCACACCCACGCAGGCUGAGCCCAUGCAGACGCCCAAACCUCUGGCUACUCUGCUCCCACAGGUGCCAGUAAGCCAAGGCAUGUCAAUGCCGCCAGUGCGGAUGGUGCAGCCGCCCCCCUCGUUCGCGCACACAAUGCCCCCUUUCAACCCGGCGAUCCCUCCACCACCGUUCCUGCGGGCUCACUUCAACCAGAACACUCCUCCUCCAGGCUUUCUGACUGCCGGAGCUGUGCCGCCUCCGACUGGAGUGCCUCCAGUGCAGCCCUCGGCACACAUGAUGCAGGGCGUCCCCAUGAUGGGUCUUCCUGGUAUGAACACCCCUGGUGGGCCCGGAGCCAUCAAGCCGGCCAGCCAGGAGAGCCAUAGCGACCGGGAGGCCUCGUCGGAUGGGCAGCAGCAGCGGGGCGGCAUGCCGCGCAUGCUGACACCCGGACCGCAGGCGGGGACGCUGAGCAAAGAGGCGGCAGCAGCCGUGGCUAUGCUGGCAGGACGUGCAGGCAUUAUGCCCACCGCUGACGAAGACUCUGCGCCAAUGCUGCCACCUCCGCCACCGCAGCAACAGCAGCAACAGCAGCAACAGCCUCAGCUGCCGCACAUGCUGCCCCGCAUGCUGGGCCCGCCGGGCCAACAGAACGUCAUCUUGGGCCUGGGUCUUCCCGGGCAGCGACUGCCGCCUGGAGUUUUCCCGCAAGCCAUCCGGCCGGGCAUCCUGCCCAUUCCUCUGAUGCAGCGUUUCCCGGCCGCCAUGCUGCGGCCCGCUUUGUUAGCACGUCCUAACCUCCCGGGUGGUCCGCACACCCUCAUGGGUCUUCCGUCGCUGUUGGGGCCCAGACCGCUGUUCCCAUUCCCUCCUGAGGGAGCGGACGGGGAGGAGGCCCCAGCGAGGAUGCUGCCUGCGCCUGAGCGGCGCUUCGCGGCCGCCUCGAGCACAGGGACGGGUGGUGGUGGUGGUGGUGGGGCGGCGGCGGCUAGCGUCGCCAGUGAAAGUUUCUCGAAGGAGUCGUCGGGCGGGCAGGAGGGCGACCGAGACUACCGCUUCAUGCAUGCUGCAGAGUCCACCAGGGAGGAAGAGCGGGGUAGUGACGGGAGGCGGGGCGACCGUGAUGAGCGGGAGCAGGGCUUUGGGCACAGGUUCCGGGGAGGCGGAGGGAACAGGGGCAGACACGUUUCUGAUGAGGAUCGCGCAGAAAGGUUCGGCGGCGGUGGCGGCGGCGGCGGCGGCGGCGGCGGGAGGAAUUUCCGCUUUGGCGGGCGGGACGAGGAGAGGCGUGAGUGGGGCGGCAGGGGCUUCGAUCGUGAGAGGAGAGGCGGCGGAUUUGAUCGCGAGCGCCGCGGCAGUUUUGAGCGCGGCGGGGAGAGGCCGUGGGAGCAGCGAGGGCGCAGCCGCGACGAUUUCAGCCGCGACCGAGAGCCGGGAUUUCGCCGCGACCGCGACCGGGAGAGGUCGCGGUCGCGUGAGCGCGACAGGUCCAGAGAGCGUGAUCGUCGCGGGCCGAGGAUGCUCCCAUAUCCCGAGCCGCCCCAGGAGGAGGCGGCACGGGCUCCCUCUGACGCCAUCGUCGCCGCCACUGCCAGCAGCAGCCCUGAACGACGGCUGCAGCCCAACGGGGACGCACAAGAGUCGCCUGCUGUCCCCCAACAGGAGUCGGCCAUUCGCUUGGAGUCGGUGCUGGGAAAGGAGGAGCCCGCAUCGCUGCCUAUCCCGGAGCCAACACCACAGCCAAUGCCACAAGAGCAACAGCCCCCAAAGCAGCAGCAGCAGCCAGAGCCACAGCAGCAACAGCAGCAACAGCAGCAGCAGCAAGAGAAUACCCAAGAGAAGCAGCAGGAGCAGGCUCAAGAGAAGACUCAAGAUAGAGUGCAGGAGCAGCCGCCUGCCAACGCUGCUAAUGCGGUGGCCAUGACGUCGGACAUUGAUGAGAGGGCUGGUCCCAGUCCUCCUCCGCUGUGCAAGCCAGAGGGUGACGGCGAAAAGACGGCUCCAGCCACCACUCCUGAUCCACCCAACGCGGCAGCUGCAGAGAGCUCGGCGUGACGAACACACAAAUGAUUUUAAAAAGAUAGGACUGGGUUUUUAAUGGCACCCCGCUUUUCCAAGCAAGCUCCUUCCGACUUUUGGGAGGAAGAAAAAAAAUUCAGUUGCAACGCUCAACAUUUACAUAUUGUUUUAUUUGUGGAAAAGGAUUCACUGUAGGGGUCAAUAAAAAUGAAAACACGGUUUUUUUUACACGAUCUGUACAAACUGGUGGCCUUUUUAAGUGCAGGAGUUUUGGUCCGAUUGUCCAUUUGAGACUUGAAAUUCAGAUGGAAGUGUGACUUGAGCAUCUACUGUAUAAAUAGUCGUUAAUUUUACCUUUUUAUUUAGGUGUACAAGACGUAUUGCAUGUCCGGUGCAGCUGCUGACACUGAUGGGCCACGUCAAAUGAACCCGAAUGUUUUCUGUCUUCACAAAGUGUUAGCUUGAUUACUGCCAUCAUUCCCAGGCAAGG